AUCAAGUUUUUGGUACGAUUAAACGGGCACUGAACGCGCUGAUAUUUAGAACAAAUUUCAAAAUGGAGGCUAUCGUUGGUUAUCUCUGUUAGUAGAUGUGGUAUUGUUAUAUAGAAGAUGCAGGGAUAGUGAAGCGUGUGAGGUUAAUGCGUUCUUGUAACAGUCAAAGCUCAUGAUUGUAGCAUGAUUAAAGAAAGUAAAGAUAAACAACGGGAAAAGAAUGGCAGUUCUACAUCUGUCAAAACUGAGCUUCCUAGCUCACAGGGACAAAGUUCAGAAACUACGGUGAAAGAGGAGCCAGGGACAGAAUCUCAUGUCAAUGGUGGGGAUGAAGGGGACAGUAGUUGCAAGAAGAAUGGAGUGCGGGUGAGUAGCGGAAAUGGUGCGGCGGGGAGCAGCUCAAGUUGUGGUCAUGCUGAUAUAAAGCCCAGCCUCAUUGGUUCAACGAAUACUGGGACAGUCGCUAUGGGUCCUGUUCGAUCUUCCUCGGCAACUCAUAUGACAAGUGACCUCUGCAUGGUGGAUGGUACACAAGAAGGAACAAAAUCUGAGGAGAGCAGUUCCCAAGACAAACCUGCGUCAUGCAACACAGUUAAGACUGAAAUCAAUGGCAGCACGAAUCAUGAAUUCAAUAAUGCUGAUCCGUGUGGUGAAGGAAAUGUAUCGAUGGGCAUGUCGUUGUCCAGUACGGGUCCUCCUCCAAAUGGAGUUCAACCUCUUCCCAGUAAUGUUAUCAAUAAGCAGCCUGGUACCAUGGAAGCACAAUACAUGCAGCAACAGAGUCAGAUUUUUGUAUUUUCAACAACACUCGCGAACAAAUCUGCUGAGGCUGUGCUCCAGGGUCAGUUCCCAUCUAUCAUCGCGUACCACUGUGCUCAGCCAGGAACGAAAAAGUAUUUGGAGAAACACCCUCUGAAGAUGACUCAGUUCAGUCGACAGAACCCUGCUCAAUGGUUAAACAGUCUGGCUCAGAUGAAGCAAAAGGCAGGCCCUGGUGUAUUGAAGGGCCUCAACCCUGGCGCUGUCCAGGGUGACAUGGGAGCAAAUCCCAAUUCAGGGGGUGGAAUGGGAAUGUGGAAUCAGAACAACAAUAUGAUGAACAACAUAAAUGCAGUGGGCAAUCCAGCCAGUUCCAUGAUGCAGUCGUGUUCCAACAGUGUUCUGAGCAGUUGUCCCGUCUCCAGUUCGAUGACCCCAGGCACUGGUCCUCUGAAGACCCCUGGUAUCGAUAGCCCGUGCAUGAUGCCAGGUUCUCCUAGUGCCAAUGCCAUGAUGUCUAGUGGGAUGGGACACCACAGUCCUAGCGUUCCCACAAGCAAUCCUGCCAUGAUGGCGGGAGGUGCACCUGAUAUGGCGGGCAGUCCGAUCAGUGGCGUUCCUCAGCCUACUCUCACAGGAGUCAAAGUUCCUGAUGAAAACUUAACGCCUCAGCAGAGACAACAUCGUGAAGAGCAGCUGGCAACGUUGCGCAAAAUGCAACAGAUGCUCUUUCCUGAGCACCAGUCCCCCAUACCAGAGGGCGGUAAUGUCAGCCAACAGUCGGAAGGAAUGUUGAUGCAGCAUGGCAUUGGACCAAUGAUGGCACUGGGGCCUGGGCCUGCUCCUGGAUCAGGCCCUGCAGGGAUGAAUAAUAAUGGUGGGCCAGGAUUAAUGACACAGAAAGGUAUUAUUAUGGGAGGUUUGGGUGGCCCUGGUCAGAUCACUCCAACAUCAGUAGCAGCUCAGAUUGAAUGGCAGAAACUGCAGCAUCAGUUCUAUGAGGAAAGGAAGAAGAAAGGGCCAUCCGGCCUGGUUAUGGGAGGAUCAGGUUCUGGAAUCGGGAGUCCUGCAAAUUCUUCCAUGCAGCAGAUGGGCGCGAGUGGUCCUGGGUCUUGUGGGCCCCGGCUUCCAGGGACAGGUGCGGGAGGAACGGGACCGGGGUCAGGGGGGUCUGGCCCUAGAGUGCAAGGACCCCCACCACCAUAUCAUCAGACCACCAGAUCUGCUAGUGUUCCUAAUGCUAUGCCCAGUCCAAACCCAGGUUCUCCCAGUAAUCCAACUUCCAACCUCUCGCUUCCAUCUCCACGAGCUGCUUCUGGCCUAAAUUCGCCUGCGGACGCGAGUCGACAGCAAUUUCCGAUGGGGGGUAAUGGGAAUGGUAAUGGUGGUAGUUCAACACGCCUAGUAGGAUCAGGACCUAGUCCCACAGGGACACACAGCACGUCUCUGGAGUCACCCACUGCAAGCCGGCCGUUAAAUCUAAGUAACCCCAGCACACCGGUGUCUACGCAUCUGUCACCAAGUGCAGCUAGAAAAGAGUUGAGCUCAGAUUUCCCAUCUCUGACAUCGGGUUCAGCCAGUCAGCCAAACACAACGUCAAAUCAACAGCCUACAGUUGAUGGCAUGUACUGCCGAACACUGCAGUCUAUGGCACACCAGAACCAGCAGCAGCCAAAUCAGUCGAACAAGGAACCUAACUUGAUGCCUGUUCCUUCUCCACAACAAAUCCAGUACCUGAAUACAUUUGAUGGCCAAGAACUUACUAUUCAGAAGCAACCAAACACAAGCUUGAAAGACACAAGUAUUAGGUCACCAACCCUUCCACCACCUAACCUGGAUUCAAACUUGCAAACAUCAAAUUCAGAUUUGCCAGGUGCUCGAAUAUCUGGGCCAGGAACUCCACUGACUCCCACCUCCAUGGAGGUAGGUUCCCGUUACCCACCCACAACUGGGGAGAUGGGUAGGUUCCCGAUACCAAGCCCUCAUACCCCUGGUGCUCCGUGUACAGCAGAAAGCAAAAGUCAGCCACAACGUUUCCCAGGACCCAAUUCUCAGAACCAAGUAAUGGAUCCAUUGAUCAAGGCUCCAACAACAGAAGUGGGAUCAAGAUUUCUAAGUUCAAGCCCUCAAAUGGUUGACGGAAUGGGUCCACCAAGACUGCCGGCUGUUGGACCCGCAAGUACAUCACCAGCUGUGACUAAUCCCACCCAGAACUUCAUGCAACAAACCACGCCAACAAUGGGUGGUAUGAAAGUUGCAUCCCAUUUUUUGGAAGUAUCUCCAUCUGGAAAUACCUCAUCUGCAAUUGAUGUUUCUCCUACUGGUUCUGGAAGUUUUCCUUGUAUGCGGUCAGAAAAUGUACCUCUAAAUCCUAAUGGCAACAGUGGAAUACCAUGCAAUGGCAAAAGUGCUCAUUUUGAUCCUAUUACAUCAAUGGCGCAGAUGAGCCAGCAGCUAACUAGCAGUGCGGUAAACUCUCCAGGUGGGCAGAAUCCAGACUUGCAUCCGAUGCAGAUGAAUGAAAUGGGUGGUUGUCCAGGAUUGCAAGAUGGCCAGACAUCUGGGGGUGGUGUCAUGAAUGCAAUGGUCCAAGGUCCUGGAAGUCAGUCGGGACCGGCGAACUUCGUCAGCUUGCCUCCCCACUCAUACAGUCCGAAUGGAGGAAUGGUUCAGUGUUCAGGCUCAGUGAAUACAACACCAAGUAUGAACCAACCCAUUAUGCAUGCAAAUAGUUCUGCGUCACCCAAACCUGGAAACAUGAUAAUGGGCCUUGGACCCGGAAGAGGAUCGUCGCCCUACACGUCAAGUCCGAUUCCUCAGAGGAUGAUAGGACGACCUCCAGGUCCUAACCCAUACAGUGGCACUAAUGUCCAGGUUAAAGCCAGUGCUCCGAACACUAUCCAGUAUCUCCCUGCCAAACCUCAGACUGGAAGUUCUGGUCCCAGGGGUCCUCCUAGUUUGGAGUUCCUACAGCGCUUCACAAGUCCCCUUUCCAAUUUGGAUACAAAGGUUCCUACCCACAAUCUGCAGUAUUUUCCCACUAGUGGCCAACCUAAUUCUGCAAGUAUGGGUAGACUUAAUGUACCCAUGAACAGGCCAAAUGGCGCUAUGAGUGAUGUGAAUUCUCAAAUUGGAGGGCUUCCAGGAACAAACUGUGGUGUUGGAGGUCACAUGGGUGGCUUGAAUGGGCCAGUUAUUGGCUCCAAUGUAUCUUUGGUAGGCAUGAACUUGCCCAUGUCAGGUGGCAUGGUAAUGGGACCGGGAGGCCCCGGUGUUGGUAUGACCCCAAUGCGCGGCAGUUUGCGACCAGGAGGGAUGAUGAGGAUGCAGCAGAUGGGAGGUGGUGUGUUUGGUCUCCCAUCCAGCCCAGGACAGCCAGUUGGAGAACAGAUAUUUGGAGGAGGUCAAAAUCAAAACAUGCCUGGUAAUGCUCAGAACACGCAGAUGUUUGUGCCUGGCCCCAAAUCUUCUCCGAUGGGUCUUGGCGGUACUCCAGAUGCAAGUCAGCCUCUCCCACCGUCAAUGGGGCAGGCUAAUAAUUUUAAGAAUUCACCUUUCAUUGGGCCUACUACAGCUGACCCCAAUUAUGCACAGCAGUUUCAUAACUUCCAGCAACAAUUGUAUGCAACAAAUACAAGAAGCCAGAUGAGCAACCAAGGUAUGGGUCCAGGUCAGUCCUUCUUUGUUCCCAAGUGAGUUUAAUUAGAAUUUGUACACAUAAUAUGAAUCAGCAGAGAUAAAGAAAAUACAGACAUAAUUGGAAUUAUAUUUUCAUACAUGUAAAUACUGGCUCAAUAAACAGUCAUAGCAUUCUGUUGAGAGGAUGUGGAGUGCAAUAAUCAGUGUUAAUUUAUAGAUGUAUGAAAACGAAGCAUUUUGUUUUAAGAAAUUUGUAGCACGACACCCCAUGUCUGUUCAUAGUUAAGCAAUAUCUUGGACACACUGGGCCCUUCAAGUAAUAUAAAAGGUUGCACUCGUGCCAUACCUAGAACUGUGUAAGUGAUAAUCAUGAAUUUGUAAAAAAAAAAAAGUUUUCGAUUAAUCAUAUUGCAGAAGGAAGCGAGUUAGAGGAACUUCAUAAAUGUGGUCUGGCUCACAGUUGUAUGCAAUAAUAGCUACCAUCUUUUGCCUCUAAAUGUAUCACUUCAGAGAAAGAAUUACUGUCAGUCUUUUCGAAUUUGCAAAUAUUGUUUCCUUAAAUUUUUACCCAGUAUUUUGUUUUAAGAAUUGCAGUCAAAUCCAGAAACACUAUAAACUGAAACGUCAUGGGUUUCUUCAGUGAUAUCAUAUUGCAACAGAG